UCUAGAGCAGAACUAAACUCCGAAUGACUUUAAAGUUUGUUUUGUUUCUGUCAGUUUAUUUACCGUCAGUUCAGAUGUAAACGUUAUUCAAAACGGCCACUACAGUGAAUCUUUACAAGAUACUUUGAUGUCAUAUCCAAACCACAUUAUCAAUAAUUCUGUCUGUCCUCUUUAUGUCAUUGUAUGUUUGUUCUUUAUGAAGUAAACCGAUGAGGGAACAUGAGCUCUCAUGAAGAUGUGCAGCACCAGCAGGUGACCCAGUCCAGCAUCCUCCUCCUGCUUCAGGAGGCCACCAAACUCUCUCCUCCAGCGGACGGCGAGAGCUCGAGUUCUGGACCGUCACAUGUAGAGAAACGAGACACCGGGUCACUCGUCCUCUCCAGCUGUAAAGAGUCUGAGCACAGCAGCAGCGCAUGGGACGUGAUGCGUCUGAUCAACCAGCAGUGUGAGCGUCUGCUGCAGUCCGGCCGCGAGGACAGAGGGGUCGAUCUCCACCCAUCAGACGUCACAGAGACCGUGGUGAUGUCCAGACCUGCGUCUGAGCUCGAGCGUCCAGCCGUUCCCUGCAGCAGCGUCCCGUCCGACACAUGUUUCUCAGUCAUUUACGAGCUCACAGACGUGGAGGAACUCAAAGAACCCGGCGAUCUCGCUGACCUCAUAAAGACACACACAGCGGUUCACAUCAGCGCCAGUGAGAAGACAGAAAACCCAUCUGCGCUGCACAUCGAGGGGCAUUCUGAUCAGGAUGAAUCUGUUGUCCCGUCCACAGGAAAUGAUUGUCCGCCUGUCUGUCCUCUUGACUUCACUUCCUGUCUGUUGUCUGAGCGAGAGGCUGAGAGUGUGUGGCUCCCUCUGAACGCCUCUGAAAGCUCACAGUGUUCCUCGCAGCCAACAGACCUCAAUAAUAAUCUCUUAGAGAGCGUGAAUAAGGAUCGCAGACGGAAGCAGCCUCGUCCUGAGCGCAGCCCCGACCCGCAGGACCCCGGCGUGCAGGGCGUGACCUUCAGCAUGACCCCGCAGCUGGACGCCGGGCAGAGCCGACUGGUCAUCACCUCCAACUACAGCGAGGAGAUCCGGCGCUGGAGGAGAAGCAGGAGCAGGAGCAGCCGGUGCCGGUCUCAGAGGAGCAGCAGCUCCGAGGAGGAGAGCGACUCCUGCGGUCUGUCCCGGAGUAAGAUCUGUGCGUCGUGCCGCACGAGGAAGACUCCUCUCUGGAGAGACGCUGAAGACGGGACGCCGCUCUGUAAUGCCUGUGGGAUCAGGUAUAAGAAGUAUCGCGUGCGCUGUCAGCAGUGCUGGAACAUCCCCAAGAAGGAAGCAAACACUAACUCCACGUGUCUGAAAUGCGGCGACGUCCUGAAGCUGAAGUGCAGCAGCUGGUAGGACACUCGUAACCUCAGAUCUGAGUCUCUGCUGAGAUGAUCUGAGAGAUUCAUGAGUCUAAUAACUGAAUCAUUCUCAGGGUUUGUUGUUGUGAACGGACUGAUGAAACGAGCUGUUCGGUUCAGUGCUGUAUAUGACUCUUCACUUAUUUCAUUUUCACAUUCUUCUUGUUUUGUGUCAACAUAUUUAUUGAUUUGUGUAUUUUCUUUGGUCGCAGUCAUUUGUGUUUCCACUGGCUUUGUUUGUGUUCGGAGGUUUUCUGUGCUGGAAUGAAAUAUUAAAUUGUAUUUAUAGUCGUCUGAUGUCGCAGUG